AUGGUGAUCUAUCCCGAGGGCGUCUGGUAUUCGAUCAAGACGGUGGCGGAUGUGGACGAGAUCAUCGAGACUCACCUCGUGGGCGGCGGCCGGGUCGAGCGGCUGAUGCUGAUGCCCGACCAGCCGUUCCCCGACGAGGCCGACGACGCCGGAGACCCCGGCCGGGCGGCGGCAACCGCCGCCCUCCUGACCCGGUGCCGGCACGCGGGCGGGCCGGCCGUACGAGAGAUGACUGGCGACACCAUCUUCGCGCUGUCGAGCGGCGGUGGGCGCGCCGCCAUCGCGGUGGUCCGCGUCUCAGGCCCCGCGGCACGAAUGGCGCUUGCGGGAAUUGGCGGCGAGCCGCUGCCCGAGCCACGCCAGGCUACGCUCCGGCGCUUCCGCCAACCGGAAACAGGCGAGCCCUUUGACUGCGGCCUUGCCCUCUGGCUCCCGGCACCCGGCAGCGCCACCGGCGAGGACAUGGCGGAAUUCCACGUCCACGGUGGCCCUGCCGUCCUCAGCGCGCUGUUGGAGGCGCUCGGGGCACUUCCCGGCCUUCGUCCUGCCGAGCCAGGCGAGUUCACCCGCCGCGCCUUCGAGGCAGGCCGCCUCGACCUCACCGAGGCGGAGGGGAUCGCCGACCUGGUGGCGGCCGAGACCGAGGCCCAGCGCCGCCAGGCGCUCGCCCAGAUGGAAGGGGGGCUGCAUCGCCUCUACGAAGGCUGGCGCGACCGGCUGAUGGCGUUGAGGGCGCAUGUCGAAGCCGCCAUCGAUUUCUCGGACCAGGACUUAGGCGAGGACCCCAUGGCGGCGGCGGCUCCGGACCUCGCGGCGCUGGAAGCCGAGAUCGCGGCCCACCUCGACGAUUCCCGGCGAGGCGAGCGCCUGCGCGAAGGCUUCGCCAUCGCCAUCGUGGGCGCACCCAAUGCCGGAAAAUCCAGUCUUCUCAAUCGCUUGGCGGGACGAGACGCAGCCAUCGUCUCGACCCGCGCCGGCACCACCCGCGACGUGGUCGAGGUCCGUCUCGACCUCGCGGGCUGGCCUAUCACCCUCGCCGACACCGCCGGCUUGCGCGAGAGCAGCGACGAGAUCGAGAGCGAAGGCGUGCGCCGCGCGCUCGACCGUGCAGCGAGCGCCGAUCUCUCGCUGGUCGUCUUCGACGGCGCUCUCUGGCCGGAAGCCGACGCAGCGAGCCUUGCGAUGCUGGGCGACGACGCGCUGGCGGUUCUGAACAAGACCGACCUCCUCUCGAGCCCCGUACCCGAUCGCAUUGAUAGACACGCGGCGCUUGGAGUCUCGUGCCUCACCGGCGCCGGCAUCGAGGCGCUGCUGGAGACGCUCGUGGCGGAAAUCGCGCGACGAUACCCGGCAGGCGGCGCGCCAGUGCUCACCCGCAUCCGGCAUCGGCAGGCCGUCGUGGAGAGCCGCGAUGCGCUGACGCGUGCCCUCGCGGGGCCGGCCGACGAGCGGCUUGCCGAGGAGCUCCGGCUCGCGGCGCACGCGCUCGGCCGCAUCACCGGCCGCGUCGAUGUCGAGGCCGUGCUCGACCUCGUCUUCCGCGACUUCUGCAUUGGAAAGUAG